AUGUCUGCCGGCCCAACGCCAGUGCUCCCGCCUCAGGACAUGGAACACGCUAGCGCCGCAGAACGACAUGCCCGCGCUGUGUCCGGAUUCGGCUCCAUGAGCGACGCAGUCGUCGCUGCAUUUCUAGCCACCGAACUUAACCAGUUCCUCGACGACGACCCAGAGUCGUCCGGCGUUAUCUCUCUUCUGAGAGUACACUCAGCGCUGGAAGAUCUGCGCGCAAUUCUACUGGGUUCUUCGCGGAUGAAUAAGACUGCAUUGCGUUCUAUCUGGGGCUUGUUGCAACAGGAGAUGAAUAUUGCUAUUGCACGUAAUAAGGCAUCCGAAGUCAAGCCUCUUCGCAAGAUGUUUCUUCAGAUCAACAAUGAAGGCUACAACACGGAACAGGAGCAAUGGGAUAUGGGGUUUGUGCGGGAAGCUCUGGCGAAGGGUUGGCCCCGCAAGCAGGCGCUCCCUGUCAAGCUUGGCGCGAGCAAGUUGGGACCCCUACGAUGGUGGUACGCGUCAUGGGCGUUCACCAGCGGUUCCCCGCUUACUCGCCAGGACAUCUACAACGGUGCCGUCAAGAGAUUCCAAGAAUCACACGAUCGUCGCGCGCAAGCCGCUCAGUCAUCACGUACCGAAGCGACGAACGCCAGUCAAGUAUCUGGAAGCAGUCGGCCUGUCCGAAAGGCAGCGAGCGCCUCUAUCGCUGCCAACAACGACAUCAAGGUCAAGGACAACAACGCCUUGGAUCCGACGUACUUUCCUCCCGAGGUUGUGGCCAAGACGAACGAGCAGAAGAUGAGCACACCUCCCCCGGUCCCCGAAGUGACGCCCACUGCGGGGCCAGCACCUGCUGGGAAUGCAACAUCCCGGAAGGCUCGACCGGCACCAUCGCCUUGGCUCCCUCCAAACGGCUUCUCCGCAGAUCUGAAAUGGCAGGUCAAAGACUAUAACCGCCUUUACACCGAGACCCUGGAAUGGCCUGCGGAUCAACCCAUACCCGACACUCAAGUCUGGGAGCAUCCCAAAGCGCACGGUUGUCCUGUCGAUGAGACAACUGGUCAAGCGGUGCAAUAUGAGGUGCCGUGUACAACCUGCACGAAGUAUGAGCGCAACUGUAUCUGGCGAGGCUCGAAAGCCUGUCUCCCAUGCUUCUGGGAGAAAGGCAGCAGAGGCCCGUGCAAAGGAGGGACACCGCCAACGAAGACGCCGGAAGAACAGAAGUUCUGUAAACCAGACUACGCGCGUCGGAAAGCUUAUUUCGACGAUCUAGCAAGCAAAGGCAAGAUCCAAUACCCUUCCCAUUUCUUAGACGAAACGGGUCGUGCGCGAAGGAGCACCACGUCAGCAACGACGGGACGGGCGUCUACGUACGAGGAUCCUGCACCCGGACAUAACGCACGCUCCCCUGCAGCAAAACAGUCGUCUGGUCCGCCUGUUGCACCAUCGCCUAUCGUCUCUCACCCUACGGAAACAUCCUCCGACCACCCGGCCGCUUCUCCCGGUCCGUCUCAUGAUCUUCAGUCUCCUACAUCUCCGGCUGUCGCAUCUUCAGCACCGCCCGCUCCGACGAGCUUUGUUUCUCCGCCUGCCCAAUCCGCAGACAAAGCUCCAGCAUCCAGUGAUGCAAUCGUCUCCGCCGGACCUGUACCCGUAGUGCACGCUACGCCACCUGCACCGAAGAACAACUCGGUAUAUCCCGAAGCAUCCGGGGUGGCCCUAGCUCUCGUUCCAGCGGUCGGGACGAAUCAUGUCUCCCAGUGUUCAAGUCAAGUUAACACGACGGCGGCGAAGUUCGGCGGCGACGGCGCAGGGUCUGGUCAUCCUCCACGUGAAGAAACGUCAGGCCCUCGUGAGGAAUACCAGGACGUUCAGAUGGCGGACAUAUCGGAUUCUCGCUCGCAGGGCAAGAAGAAGUGUCAGCGGAGCGGUGACGAGACAACCGCGCUCGUUUCAAUCACCAACGACGUCCACCUGCCGAAGCGUCCCCACCAAGGGACUGCUCAAGCGAACAACAACGAGAACGCCCCAGACCAAGGCCUGCCUCGGGGAUCCCGAGACCAGGACACGGUUCUUACGGAGGCUCCGGCCCCGACUCGUUCCUCUGAGCCUCAGUUACCUUCACAAUCCGACGACACCGCCUACGCGUUGUCGCGUUCAGUCAGUCUCGCACCUUCCGUCAUCGCCAAUGAGAAAGGAAAGGGCCGCGCGAAGACAAAGCCGUCAGGGGAAGAUCAGCGCCGGACUGCCCAGAACGGUAUCAAGAUACGCUCUGUGGUUCCAGGAACACGCUCCCUUCCGCGCGCCGGCUCCCCUACCGAAUUCCCCGCUGUUCGCCCAGAACCAGUGAUACCGGACGACAAUAUGGAGUUCACUGGCGAACAUGCCGGCGUUGUGAGGGUUCCGCACCCCGUACUUAACGUCGCUGGAGAUGUGGUAUUCGUCAACGUGGUUGAGCGCGCUGUUCGACAGGAACUCCGCGACGGGCUUCGCGAUCUGCGGGAUGAUCUUCGAGAAGAUCGCCAAAUGCAACGCAACGACCGUGACUUUCAGAGGGAGAUGAUGACGAAGAUUGACGCCCUUCACGCGGACUCGAGAGGCUCCCCUGUUACUCGACCAACGCCAGGCACUGGGCCCGCCGCUAAGGACUCGCAGGUCCACGGAGUUGACAAUAACCCUUUGACUGAUAACGCCGCUGACGAUUUGUCGGUACCCUCAUCCGCCUCUCUUCAUGAGCUCGCCACGAUGUUGACAGCGCUGAACCUGAAGCUUGACGUCAAACUCGACCCUCUCAGCGCGCGCGUACAGACGUUGGACGAGAAACUCAACCCCCUCAGUGCGAAUGUCGCAUCCUUGACCCUCAACUAUAAUGCUCUUUUGACACGCAUGGAUCGGGUUGAAAAUCAGUUAAAUGCCGCCGAGGCCGACACCCCAUCGCGCGCUUCGGUUACCAUGCCGGGCCACGCCAACGGCGCUACCUCGUCCUCCAUCCCCAAGGGCCAACAGACGCCAUCCGAAGCGCUCAGAACAAGUACGAUUUCUGGCGCCUUAACCGUGACACCAGGUCAACAAGCGCCUGAUAACGCAACUUGCGGGGAUCGAAGCUUGUCUCCUUCAUUUGGCUCUCGUCAGGCUCGCCCUGAUGUCGUUGCUCCUCUGCCUUCUGGCCAGUUCCCUCUGAACUUGGCUCGUGAAGCUGGACGCAACUCUGCAACUUCCCCUCAUAGCCCCCCGGAGACAGCGCCGCGCCCGAACUCAGGAAGCUCUGGUUUUCAACUGCAACAGGCCGUGCAGCGCGAUCGCGCCAUUCUCAUUCAAAUUCCCGCCCGGUCUCUCUCACGCGAUGCCACGCCGAUUCCAGUCCCGAGUGCGAAUCCACGAUCCCCUUCUGGCCCCCCAGUUGUGACGCGCGACAGCGUUGAGAGUAUGUGCACACCGCCCUCAAGUUUAUCGCCCUUGACUGAAGACUCAUCUCCCGGCACUAUUAAAGAAUCCUCACCCACCAAUAUUGCGAAAUCGUCUCCCACCGAUAUCGCGGAAUCGUCUUCAGGCAACGACCAAGACCACGGCUCUGGCGAUGCUGGCGGACACGACUCUGGCGAUGUGGAGGAACAAGGCCCUGGUGAUGCGGGGGAGCACGGCUCGGGCGAAGACGAUCUCAUGGAGACGGGCGAUACCUGGGCGCCUAAUCAGGGCAAGCGCGGGGCCGAUGAGGCUGGCAUUACUGGCGAUGACCGUGCGGUCAAGCGUCAUGCAGGCGAUAAUGCGUCAGACGCAGAAGAGGAUGCUGAGGGCAGCAUAGACGAAAGUCUUGCGGCGCCAGCAUCUAGGACUGAAGAUGCGCCUCGCGGUCAGGGACGUGGCAAGGGUCGCGGAGGCGCUCGUGGUCGUUGCAUCGGCACGCGCAAUCGCCCAAUGCCUCGUAGUGGGUAA